AUGAACACCAUUCGAUACCUUUCAUACACUACAAGAUUACUUGCAAAGUCUACUUCUACACCCAAAUUCUUGGGCCGUGCUUCUAAUAAUUUAUCAGUAGGGCUAGUGGGAUUAGCAAACGUGGGUAAAUCAACUUUUUUCCAAGCACUUACAAAGUCGACCCUAGGAAACCCAGCAAACUAUCCUUUUGCAACUAUUGAACCUGAAAAAUCGAUCGUGUUAGUACCCCUGGAAAAGUUAACCCAUUAUGCAAAACUAUACCAGUCACAAAAGACCGUUCCAACAAACUUGACGAUAUGGGACAUUGCCGGUUUGGUGAGGAACGCCAGUAGCGGUGCUGGCUUAGGAAACAAAUUUUUAAAUGAUAUCAGACAAGUGGAUGGGAUAUUACAGAUAGUACGAGGAUUUGUCAAUGACGAGAUUGUCCAUAUCGAAGAUAACAAGGUCGACCCUGUGAGAGAUUUGGUGAUUGUCAACGACGAGCUUAUACUAAAGGACUUGGAAAUCAUUGAACUGGAAAUUGAGCGUGUAAAUAAAAUGAAAAACAAACCAGGAAUUGGAGGGUCGUAUGAAAUAAACUUGCAAACAUUAGACAAGUUGUCCACAUUAUUGUAUGAGGGUAUGAAGGUGGUCAAUGGUGAUUGGAGCGACGAGGAAAUAGAUGUUAUCAACGGAUUAAACUUAUUGACUGCUAAACCAACUGUUUAUUUGCUUAAUGUCAGUAAAGAAGAUUACGAGACAGGUAAUAAUCAAUUCUACAAAGAAGUCAACGAAUGGAUAGUGGCAAACUCACCAAACGAUAAACUAAUCAUGUUCAGUGCAGAGUAUGAAACAGUAUUAAACAAUACAGAAGAGCUGCUCAGUAAAGGGUCUGCCAUUGGUACAGUUGUGGAAGAGAUGAGACUGGUAUUGUCGUUAAUAUCAUUCUUUACAUGUGGUGAAAUGGAAGCAAGACAAUGGACUAUUCGUAAAGGCAGCACUGCACCAGAAGCUGCUGGAUUAAUUCACACUGAUUUGCAAAAAACGUUCAUCAAUUCCAUUGUAUAUAAGUGGGACGAUUUGAAAGAACUUGACACUUUUGAUGAAAGUAAGUUAAAGUCCCAGGGAAAACAGCACAAGUGCGGUAAAAAGUAUAUAGUCGAAGAAGGCGAUGUAUUAGUUAUUAAAGCCGGAAGUGGUAAAGCUAGAUAG